CUCAAUUGUCGUAGAGAUUAACAGGCUCAAAAAUGGCGGCCGUAAAGUAAGAUGAAAGAAAAAAAAGCAGGCAUGUGGUGGUUGAUUUCCGGAAGUGACACUGUGAGGGCGGAAGCUGGGAUUUAUGCCCUUGAAGCACAUGCUUUUGUACAGAGAGAUGGCAGAAGAGCAGCAGACCCGAUUGCAAAAUGCAGUGGACUCCAUGGUUAAAAACCUGGAGAGAGAAAAUAUCCGGAAAAUGCAGGUGAGAUAAUGAGCAGGUGAGCUGCAUGCUGGGUGGGUUCCAAUUAUUACUGAGUUGGCACAGUCAGUGUAACACAUAGAGCAUAAAGUAUCUAAGAUUUAGAAUAAUUUAUAUAUUAAGGUUACUGUGACCAGUCAGCCCAUGUUUUGGUGAAACAGGGGUUAAUAAUGUGUCUGCAUUCUGUAUUGUACACAAAAGUGAGAAUUGGGAGUUCAAAUACACAACUUUAAAACCCAACUAGCCAAACUGGAAAAAAAAAAAUAUCCAAGUCAACUGAGAACUUCCAAAUUGUAAUAUUUCUACGAUGGUGACCUUAUCCAAGCCAUGUCACUAAUAAAAUAGCUUACUAGGGUGAAAUUUGAUGCUGAGUGCUAAUUACUCUACACACAUCAGGAUUCUUGGGUUCAGUGUCAACAUUUUCUUGUGCUUCUUUUAAAGCUCCUAAUCUGCUUGUGUGUUUGAACUUCUUCAUAGAAAGCUCUGUGUUAGCACUUGUUUGCACAGGCAUUCUUUCUGCAAUGCUUUAUUUUCCCAUGACACCAUGAUGGUUAAGCUAAUCUAAUCUGUGUCAUGACAGCUGGGGAGCACUAUUUACAUGAAAAAAUAAAUAAAUAAAAAAACAACGCAAUCAAUGGUCACUAUUGGGUUGUGCAAAAACCUCAGUGACAUUGGUAGGACCUGUGAAUGAAUAAAGUACUCUUCUAUAUAACCAUAAAAUUGGGAUGCUCAUUAACCCUGAAAUAAAGAAGUGGGCAACCAGCAGGGGUUGUUCAAAUUAACUAUAUUUGUAAGAUUAGAAUGGUUGUACAUAAAUUAGUCCUGAAACUAGCAACAGUUUGCACACACUUUUUCUGUAUGUAAUCCACAGUUGCAAGUUCCAAAAAAAACAUAAAACUGUCUGAGAAUAAAUAAAGUAAACCGCUACUACCACAUCACAUAAUGUUAAAUUCGUAUAUUUAAGGAAAAUCUCCCGUUAGGUAUUUAUAGGGAGAGCUUUUCCAUUUUAGGGGCUCAAGAGGAAGAGGGGACCUGCAGUGCCAGGAAAACGGAUUGUUUUCCUGGCACUGGAGUAUCCCUUUAAAGGAAGGCUAUGUAAUUCACAUGCAGGGAGUUGUGACAAGGCUGCAUAAAUGGCAGAGAAUUGAGCAGUGAAACUAUCUUUACCAAAACUGCUUCAUUAAGCUAAAUUUAUUUUGGUGACUGUAGUGUCUCUUUAUUUUAGCUGCCAGAGUUAUAAGUCUACCUCUGGCUGCAUUAAUAGCAAGCCCAGAAUGGAAAUCCUACCAAUAUGUUGGGAAGAAGUGAUAUUGACAGAUUGCAGCUUUGCUAACUUAACUCACAGGAUUAAUUACUAACAUAUUACAAAUGAAUGUAAAUAUUAAAAUGGUUGAUCUGGAAAAAUUCUCAGCUAAAAUCACAAACUGUUAUUUUUUUCAGUUUUUCCAUUUCAAAUUACGGUAAUUAGCAAAAAUUCGGGGCUUCAGGGAAUAACCUAGUCAAUGUCGCAAUGAAGGACACAUUACAGUUUAUUUGUUCUGUAGUUAACCUUUGAGUCUUUGACUGUAGCAAAACCACUGCCAAACCAGGACCUACAAAUAAAAUAAAGCAAGCACAGUUGCAUCUCUAAAUUUUCUGUCUUGUCCCGUAUUUCUAAAAGAUCAAUAAUAAUUACAGGAUUAAUAACAAAGUCCAUAUUUUUCUUUAUGAAAGAAACGGCAGCAAGUCUUUAUGUUUGUAGUUACUAUGCAAGACACAGUUUGCUUACUCGCUAUUAAAGGAAUACUACAGGGUCAGGAAUACAAACAUUUUUCCCGGACCAUAUAGUGUUAAAAACACAUGUAGGGUCCAUACCCCCCAACCCCCCUCCCUUCACCCACUUAAAAUAAGGGGCGGAAAGAUACACAAUGCAUCUCUAUGGAGAGUAUUCAAUGUCUUCAUGCAGAGCGUGGACAUGCUGAACAGCAGCACUGCCCCAGGAAGCACCUCUAGUGGCCGUUUGAUUACAGCCUAGAGGUGUUCCUAGGCUGUAAUGUAAACACUGCCUUUUCUAUGAAAAGGCAGUGUUUACAGCAACAUAUCUACAGGAACAUGGUAUAGACACUAGAACACGUACAUUAAGCUGUAGUUGUUAUGGUGACUAUAGUGUCCCUUUAAUUAUCGUAUCACUAUCACUUUUGUGUAUUUCAGUUUGAGAUGGCGUCUGCAGUCUUUGUGCUUGGAUGUAAAUCAUAUGGUUGACUCAAGAGGGGCAGCUUUAGAAAAGAGCCUGCCAUGAUAAUUGGGUCUACAUCAUACAGAGUACAACAUGUAUUACAGCUCAGUCGCUGCCUUGCAAUACAUGUCUGUACAGGAGAGCAAUAAUACCCAUACUAAUACUCUGUGUGGGCAUGUAUUGCAGGACAGACUGAGUUGAGUGUUAUAUUACAAUGAGAGGAUGCUGAGCUUUAUACAUUAUCCUGUCAUUUUUGUAAAGUUUAUUCUUUUAUAUGUAGAUAGUAUAUAACGUCUCCAGCGUAUUAUUUUGGUUUUAUGAUAAUCCUGGUUUUAUCUCACCAACUUUGAUUUUCUUACAGGGCAGAAUGUUUCGAUGCAGUGCACAGUGCUGUGAAAAUGAAGGAGCUUCCAUUCAACAGGUCCACCACUGCAUCGAGCGCUGCCAUGCUCCACUGGCGCAGGCACAGAGUCUGGUUACCAGCGAGCUGGAGAGGUUUCAGGUGAGCAGAGUCUACACAAUGUAACCCUCACAACCAAAUGUUUUCACAUGCCAACAUAAUUGUUAAAGGAGCACUCUAAGCAUCCUAACCAAUUUAACUAAUGAUUGUGGUGCAAAAGAAACAUAGACUGUGACGGAAUAUAAGAACCACUCAGCCCAUCUAGUCUGCCCAAUUUUCUAAAUACUUUAAUUAGCCCCUGGCAUUAUCUUAAAUCUAGGAUAGCCUUAUGCUUAUCCCAUGCAUGCUUAAACCCCCUUACUGUGUUAACCUCUACCACUUAAGCUGGAAGACUAUUCCAUGCAUCCACUACCUUCUCAGUAUAGUAAUACCUUCUGAUAUUAUUUUUAAACCUUUGCCCCUCUAAUUUAAGACUAUGUCCUCUUGUUUUGGUAUUUUUUUUUCUACUUUUAAAGACUCUUUGGAUAAUAUCCCCCCCCCCUCCCCCUUCCAGUUUAUAUUAAACCGUUUCAUUGGGUGGUCAAAAUCCGACGCUUUCCUAAAUGCCACCUCCUUGCGUUUACCUUUUUGGACACCAAACUAAUACACAAAGGAAAAAUCCCUAUCUAAAGGACUGACCUGUUAAUUGACUGUUGAAUGACUGUUGCAUGUUUAAAUGAAUGGGUAGUAGUAAUGUGUGCUGUUAUCUGCCUUGUAUAAGUAAUGUACAUUCUGAUAUUGGCAACGAAAAAUUCAAAACGCUCUCAGUUUUUGAGCAUGAGCGUUUAGCUGGAGAAAUAGUUAACAAUGUUGAAUAUGCACUUAACCAAAUAGUAAAGAGAGAAUUUAAUCAUCCUACGUUAUACCAUUUAGCAGCUGAUUGGCUGCAAUCCACAGCUCCCACAGGGGAUUAGGGGGUAUAAAGGAAGCAAAGAGUCAGUGUGCGUCUGACCCCUGACGAAGGUGCACAUGCUGUGCAUCAAAACGCACGUCGGGCAUCUUCUUUUUUUCUUUGGCACAAGGCACUAUACACCUAUUCACAAUGGUGUUACAUAUCAUGCAGACCUAAACAUGAUAUAAUUUUAUAGCACUUUACUUUUCUUUUUCUUACUCCUCUGACUAUCGAGCAAGUAUAACAGGGAGAGAGGAUUGUCUUUUACCUAUACUACUCUGUCUACUAUAAAAACGUUAGGUCACUAUGCUGCAGCAUUUUGCAACUGUAUAUUUGUUGUAAUUGAUACAUUUGGCAACACAUAUAUAGAGACCAACAAGGAACAUUUUUAAUUGUUUAAUAUUUGCAUAUAUUUGAAUGUAUCCAUUCUUAUCAUCCUAUCUAAUUUAACUACUUAACCCUGAGUCGUGUUAAAAGGUAUUAUAGGUCCACCUUUAAUUUAAUGUGUGGCAGAUCUACUAACAGUUCUCAUUCCUGUUUAGAUGUGUAUUUAUAACUGCAGCCCAUGAUUAUACUUACCUGAAUAUUCUGGUGGAAAGUCCUCACAUAGUGGAGACAGAUAUCCACAUUAUUCUGGUAAUUAAUAUACCAAACCAACUCACCUAACUAGCAUCUUAACAGUACGACAAUUUGCACUAAUUAAUAUUGUACCUUGAUAUUUAGAUCAUCCCCCUACAUUGGCAAAUAAAUUUAAUAAAGCCAGAUAUUGAAAGAGUACUACUAUCAUGGUUUCCAUGUAUCCGUCAGAGGUUUAGCCAACAGGCUUUGAUAAUAAACACCUGCGCUCUUUACUAAUUGGUUAAGUGUAUAUUUAACAUUGUUAACUGUUACUCCAGCUAAAUGCUAACACUCAAAAAAUAUUUUGCGUGAGAGUGUUUUGAAUUUUUCGUUUCUAUUUUCAAUACAGGGGUUAAACCAUUACUGGAGGGUCUCUCUGGUGAUCUAAUUUAGUAAGGGUGGACCUGCAAGCGCAUCCCACCUUGGCUGAAUAUAUUUUAACAUUCUGAUAUUACCCCCCAGUAUUACUCUGUGUAGGACGUAUGUACCACCCAGUAUUACUCUGCAUAAGAAGAUUUUAGCUUUCUAUUGUUGCUGCAAGUACAAUUCAGCUCAGAGGAAGACCAUGUCCGUUAAAUGUUUCUUAUUUUAAUUAUUAAAACUCUCCUGGCCAGAUAUAAUAAUUAACACAAAGUAUAUACAGUUUUUUUUUUUUUUUUUUUAAAUGAUUGAAGGAUUCAAAAUAAACCUAUAUUUAUUAUUAGGUGACGAUUUCUAAGUUAUACGCUUUGGGAGUUUGUUGAUAUUUUAUUUGUGUAUGGUUGAUGCAUUUGGUCACUGACUUUUCCAUCACAGGUUAGCAUUGUACUAUUGGCUUUGGUAUGUAUGUUUGUUUGGAGGCAUUUUUGGAUUAUUUAUUUUUAAAAUUAAAUUGGGGUUAUGCUUUUUCAGAUCUGUAUAAGCGUUCUUCCUUUAUGGAAGGAAAAUUCUCUUAUUCUGUAAUGUUUUGACUAGGAUUAAACUGACUUUUUCAAAUGUUUGCUUUCUUUACAAUGUGUCUGUGUUUUUUGGCAAAUUUUUUUUUUUUUUUUAAUAUGCUUAUCUUCCUUACACUGCAGAACCGCCUUGCUCGCUGUACCAUGCACUGCAAUGACAAAGCCAAAGACUCCUUUGACUCUGGUUUGAAAGAGGCCCAAGUCAAGUCUCAGCUGGAGAGCUGUGUUAUAAAGUGUGCAGAAGAGCACAUGAGUCUCAUCCCAAGCCUAACAAGGAAGCUAAAGGAUGCACUAGCUGAAGUUGAUAAGAAGACCCAAUAGGAAUCCGCAGGAGAUACUACAAUGUGAGACUGUCUAUCCUAUUAUAUGCUGAAGAGAAUCUUUUGGGGCAGUGCUGCUAGCUCUGCUACAGCUGAAUAGUCCUGUUCCAGUUAUUAGGACUGACACCUUCCAUAAUGUUGGGGUUCAGCUGGACUGGUUAUUGAGGUAUAGAGAAGCUCUUUUGUAUGAAAUCUUAUAAAAUGCAUCAAACCCAUAUUAACAGUCAGCAAUGACAUUUAAAUUUAUAUAAAUUUUUUUUCUUUAAUUUAUUAUUAGUAUUUUUAAUUGAAUUUUUUUUUUUUUUUUUUCUCAACAUGAUGCACUUUUGGCUCUGCUAUGUUGAACGGUGGUUACUAUCUUUUCCGCAGGACAUCUCUGGAAUUAUUUUAUGUGCUGUUGUUCGGUGUGAAAAUCUUAAAGGACCACUCUAGGCACCCAGACCACUUCAGGUUAAUGAAGUGGUCUGGGUGCCUGGUUCCUCUAGGGUUAACCCAUUUUUUAAUAAACAUAGCAGUUUCAGAGAAACUGCUAUGUUUAUGAAUGGGUUAAGCCUUCCCCCUAAUCCUCUAGUGGCUGUCUCAUUGACAGCCACUAGAGGCGCUUGCGUGCUUCUCACUGUGAUUUUCACGGUGAGAGCACGCAAGCGUCCAUAGGAAAGCAUUGUAAAUGCUUUCCUAUGCGACGGGCUGAAUGCGCGCGCAGCUCUUGCCGCGCGUGCGCAUUCAGCCGACGGGGCGGAUCGGAGGAGGAGAGGAGGCAGAGAGCUCCUCGCCCAGCGCUGGAAAAAGCUAAGUUUUUAACCCUUUCCCCCUUCCAGAGCCGGGCGGGAGGGGGUCCCUGAGGGUGGGGGCACCCUCAGGGCACUAUAGUGCCAGGAAAAAGAGUAUGUUUUCCUGGCACUAUAGUGGUCCUUUAAUGGAAGCUGUCAUUUUAGCGUGCUAUGUACACAGAGUCCCAUCUGUGAGUGUUUAAGGUACUUUUUAAGAAUAUGAUUGAGAUCUAGUGUCUGUAAAAUUCUGGCUACCACAGCUAAAAGUAACCAUAAGGGAAACACUAUGGCCUCAAUUUAAUAAACUUUCCAAAUGAUUCAAUACUGUUAUAAAAACGUUCCAAACAAUUUAUCUAGAAAUUACCAUAAAAUCUAUUUUUGUAGCUAAAUAAUUUAGAAAGUUUUUCUAACCGUACUGAAUCUUUUGAGCUAACUAAAUCAAGGUGUAUAUUUGAAUACAUAUAUAAGUCUUGUUAUUGUAGUCCAGAUUGGUGCAUUUGGUAUUAAUGUCACAAUCAACUCCCUUUUUUUUUCUUUUUUUUUUUUGAAACCUCUUCUACCUCCGUAUUAACUAUCAUCAAUAUCUGUCCAGAACAGGUGCUGUGUCCUUGUAGGUUCAUUGUUUAAGACUUAAAAAUAUGAUUAUGAAAAGACUGUUCAUAUAAUAUGUAAUACAUUUCAGUGUAGGUCGAAGGUCGAAAACUGUGAUUAAUGAUUUGUUCCAGGAUUUGAAAAUAAAAAACCAUUAAGAUA